UACAAUUAGCUCCCUCUGUGCUGAAGAAGUGAAAGAGGGAAGUAAACUACAACAAAAUAAGUGACGAGGAUUUCUGCACCGGAGCAGAGCAGGGAAUCGUCGUGGAUUGUAGGAAUUAAUGGCGGUUUAGCACGCUGUCAACAUCGAACCGGUACCAUGACGGUGGAAGGCUUGUCCAUGCCUGGCAUUGAACGUAUUUGCUCCACUUCAUCAGGUGACUGUCAUGCUAUAUUCAGAUGCCCUGCUGCCCUGCUCUUUCACUCCAUCCAGCCCUGACAAGGGCCUUAAGUUUAUCUUGCUUGCCUGGACGCAUAAGGAAUUGAAACUGCCAGGUUUCAAGUUUGGGAGACUGAAAAACACCGACAAGGCAAUGAUGUCCGAAAGUGAGCUGCAGGAAUAUAACGCCUCCCUCCUACUCAAGCAUGUCACCAUUAAAGAUGAGGGAGAAUAUACAUGUCAGGUGUCUGAAACUAUACUCGAGACCAAAGCAGUCAGCGUUUGGCUUAAAGUUAUCGCUCAGCCUAAGAUGUUUCUGAAGCCCAGUAUGAUUAUAAUGGAUCAGCCAGGCACUGUGGAGUGUCACGUGAAAGGCAUCUACCCCAGGAACUUCACCAUCGAGUGGGUGAUCGACUCACAGCCAUCUUCUUAUCAAGAACCUCUAAAGCUGGAAGAAGAUGAAGAUCAAACCUUUAGCACUGUAAGCUCCUACCAAUACUCACCCCCAACCAAUGACCUGCCUGUUAACGUAUCCUGCCUGGUGAAACACGAGUCUCUGGAGGGAGGACUAAAGGAAAUUCCACUUCAAAUAUGCAAACCAAAUUUGACAACCAAAACCUAUAUCAAUGGCACAAAAUGGCAGGUGAUCUGUGAAGUCAAUGGCUGCAUCUUCAGCGGUGUCACCGUCCGGCUGAAGAAAAAAAAUACAACAUUAAAUGGAUCAGAAUGCCAUGACGUAGCAGUAUGUGUAACUGAAACGGUCAUCGGAAAGAACACCAGUGAAGAGGAAGAGGAGCUCAUCUGCGAGAUGGAGUUUGAAGGGAUUGAUAUGCCGUUUACUAAAAAUAUUACACUUACAGAUCAAGGUGCCAUGAUGUCUUUUGGAGUAAUUGACGGAAUAGCUAUUGGCUCCAUACUUGUACUGCUACUGGCACUCAUCACUCUGUAUCGCUACAAAGAAUGUCUUAAGAACGUCUUCAGCUCGUGUGACUGUACAAACGGUACCAGGCUUGAGGAUGUGUCCGUUGAUAAAGGCUGCAAUGGCGAGAAUAUUGAGCUACAUGACCAGCCAAAGAAACCAACAAGACCAAUUCAUGACAAUGGUCAAGAGGAGCGCACACAAUUACUGACACUACCACCCCCUCUGCGUUAACAGAGCUCAGGUGGAGAAGGUGGACAGUUACAGAUUCUUUGAUGUCCACAUCACUGAGGACUUGACCUGCUCCAAGCACACUGUCACCUUGGUGAAAAAGACGUGACAAUGUCUUUACUAUCUCAGGGAUUUUAGGCUGCUGUCUCAGUUACUAAAGAACUUCCACACUUCGAUCAUCAAAAGUGUCCUGACAGGAGGUGUUAAUAACGCCUGGUUCAGAAACCGCACACAGCAGGACUGCAAGGCUCUACAGAGAGUGGUGCUGUCGUUGGCUGUGCACUAACUGUCCUAACACCAAGCAGUGUCCGACCAGAGCAAAGUAAAUUAUUAAAGAUUCCCACCAUCUCAACAAUGGCCUCUUCUCUGGGCUAUGGUCGGAUAAACACUACCACUGCCUGAAGACCAGCUCAGAGAGACUGAGGAGGAGCUUCUGGUGAUGGACCAUCUGCAUCCUGAAUGAGGGCAGUGCCUUCAGCUAAAUGGUGCCCUACUGUUAAUUCUCCUGUAUUAAGUUAUUGCUUUACAUCACAAAGGAGAUAUAAUAAUAUAUCCUAUGAUGUAAAAAACCUGGGGUCUUAGAAACUAUUGAAAUUGUCAGAAAAGAAAUUGAAAUGUAGAGAUGUCAGGUAAUAAAAAGGAACUAC